UCUAGUGUGAUCUCCGUGUUUUGCUCCUCCUUCUCGAUCGCGCCCUGUCCUUUGCUCCAUUUGUGUGAUUCCAAGCCAGGGCUACGCUCUUCCUACUUCCUUCCGCCUUGCUUUCUCCACUAUGCAACUGCAAGGGAUGAUCUCCGCAGAAGGUCUCUUGAAUUUCCUAGAAACCGCGAUGGAUCGUCCUUGGGUUUGGCCGACGACGAGCGAGUCGAGAGUUUGAGAAUUUGCCUCGCUUCUAAAAAAUUACAAGAGAAAAGAUCCUUUCUCUUGUGGCACUUCGCUAGGAAAAGGCUAGGGGAGAACGCGGACGAAAUCAUCGUCUCUACCGGCGACGGCGUGUCCUCACGGCACUAGCCGAAAUGACCAAAAUGCCCCGCAGGGGAGGAGCACAGGCACAGCCCAAUGACCGGCGGGCGUGUGGAACUGGGCCCGCCACCUGCACGCACCGGACUCGAGCGGGUUCAGGCCCGGGAGCGCCCCGAGACUCGCUGUGUGCCCUGGAGUUUGGGCUCGGUCAUUUCCUUGGAUUCCCCGGGCCGCCGAGGCGGUCCAACCGCGAGCCGGACCGAUUGCGUGGGCCCAGUCUCGUGCGCCGCAUGCACGGCUGCACCCACCACCAUUUUUUCCGCUUUGCCACGAACACGAGCCACACAGCCUUUUUAUUCGUGCGAGAAAAGUGGUUGGUUGCAACGAAAAAAGGCGACGUGUGACGCAGGUCGCAGCUCGCACGCGUGGUUCGGUGGUUGUGCCGCCGGCAAUGACAGGUGGGCCCGCGCGUCUUUCCGUACUGUAGAUCAUUUAGCACGAGUAGCUUUGCUUUUCUUUUUGUGUAUCAUGAGGAGGUUAAGCCCGACCGUCAUUUCUUAACCUCCAGCCAAAGCUUUUCUUUUGAUCUUACUUUGAAUCUUUGAUACAUGCGUGGUGGGUCGCGGCUCAUGACAAAGCUUUAGGGGAACUGGGGAAGCAUCCGCGUGAGAUUUUGCGUUCAUCUUUUCGGAGGACUCGGUUCGUCAUUCGCCUAGCAAUUAUUCGGCCAUCAUUCUUUUGUGUGACGAAAGUGCGAGAUCUUUGGACUUGAAUACGAGAAAGUAAUGUGAAAAACAUCAGCACCCAAAUCUUAGCACCUUUUGCCAAGCGGGGCCAGUCGUUAAGCAUUCGUUAAGCAUGCUUCACGGGUGGAACCCACAGCCACCUCUGAUAGUCAAGUCAUUAGUAGCUUUGCUUGGUCUUUCAAAUAAGAGUGCCACUAGCUCCACUAAUGCAAAUGAAAUGAUUUUUUUAACAAAAAAAAAAACUCAGAAGCACUGCAUUGCAUUGGUCCCUCUGUGUUUUGAAUUUGGAUGGAGAUGCCCGCAUGCAUCUUUACUGUGGUAUUCCAUUCCACUCGUGCCACUUGGGCAAUCCUCCUGCAUUUUCUCUUUCUUUUUCAGUUCGCAUUCACCCGUCACCUACCCAGUCAUCAUUCCUCGAGGCAAUUUUAGAAAAGCCCAGACUCGCCAUUAGAAAACCGGUGAGGGAAGCUUGUGAAAUUUUUUAGUGAUAAAGCUUGGGAAAUUUCGAUAGCGCCUUCGUACCAGCUCAAUUUCGUGUCUGUGGUCACCGCAUUUACGCCUCUCAAUUCGACGUACCAAUCGUCCAGCCGAAGCAAGAAAAGAUCAGUAUCAGGGGUGAGCAGCUGGGUGGGGCGUAUGGACGUCACAAGCUGAGGUGUUGUAGCUGCCAAGAAAUGAGCUCGCAGAGCUGCGCGGCCGCGGCCGGCGACGCGACGGCGGAGGAGCUGCUCGAGCGGGCGCGGGCGCUGGUGCCACCGGCCCUUGCCGCGGCGCGCGCGGCAACCGGCUUCGGCGGGCGGUGGAAGGCCAUCGCGGCGAGGCUGGAGAGGGUGCCGCCGUGCUUGUCGGACCUGUCCAGCCACCCCUGCUUCUCCAAGAACUCGCUCUGUCGGGAGCUGCUGCAGUCGGUGGCCGCCACGCUCGCGGAGGCCACCGAGCUCGGCGCGCGCUGCCGCGAGCCCCCGAAGGCCGGGAAGCUGCAGAUGCAGAGCGACCUCGACGCACUUGCCGGCAAGCUGGACCUCAACCUCCGGGACUGCGCCCUUCUUGUCAAGACUGGUGUGCUGUCCGACGCGACGGUUCCGGCGACCCAGGCUGAGGCCAUGGCGGCAGCGGGCGGCGAGCAGACAGAUGUGCGGGAGCUGCUUGCCAGGCUGCAGAUUGGGCACGCGGAGGCGAAGCACCGGGCGGUGGACGGCCUGCUUGACGCUCUGCGCGAGAACGAGGAGAGCGUGCUGUCAGCGCUCGGCCGUGGCAACGUGGCCGCGCUGGUGCAGCUGCUCACGGCGACGGCGCCCAAGGUCAGGGAGAAGGCGGCGACUGUCCUCUGCUUUCUAGCCGAAUCCGGCAGCUGCGAGGGCAAGCUUAUGUCAGAAGGUGCGCUGCCGCCACUCAUCCGGCUAGCCGAGUCAGGCAGCCUUGUCGGGCGGGAGAAGGCCGUCAUCACGCUGCAGCGGCUGUCCAUGUCGCCCGACAUUGCCCGUGCGAUCGUCGGCCACAGCGGCGUCCGCCCGCUCAUCGACGUCUGCCAGACAGGGGACUCCAUCUCGCAGUCCGCCGCGGCCGGAGCGCUCAAGAACAUCUCUGCGGUGCCGGAAGUGCGGCAAACGCUGGCCGAGGAAGGCGUUGUGCGCGUCAUGAUCAACCUGCUCGACUCCGGCGUCGUGCCCGGCUCCAAGGAGUACGCCGCGGAGUGCCUGCAGAACCUGACGUCAAGCAACGACACCCUGCGGCGCGCCGUCGUGUCCGAGGGCGGCCUGCGCAGCCUGCUCGCCUACAUCGACGGGCCGCUGCCGCAGGAAUCCCCCGUGGCGGCGCUCCGGAACCUCGUCACCGCCGUCUCGCCGGACAGCCUGGUGUCGCUGUGCGUGCUCCCGCGCCUCGUCCACGUGCUCCGCGAGGGCUCCGUGGGCGCGCAGCAGGCGGCCGCGGCGGCCAUCUGCAAGGUCUCCAGCUCGACGGACAUGAAGCGGGUGGUGGGCGAGCACGGGUGCAUCCCGCUGCUGGUGCGGCUGCUGGAGGCCAAGUCCAACGGCGCGCGCGAGGCCGCGGCGCAGGCGGUGGCGAGCCUGAUGGGGUACCCCGCGAACGCGCGGGACAUCAAGAAGGACGAGAAGAGCGUGCCGAACCUGGUGCAGCUGCUGGACCCGAGCCCCCAGAACACGGCGAAGAAGUACGCCAUCUCGUGCCUGCUGGCGCUGGCGGCGAGCAAGCGGUGCAGGAAGCUGAUGAUCUCGCACGGCGCCAUCGGGUACCUGAAGAAGCUCUCGGAGAAGGACGUCGCCGGCGCCAAGAAGCUGCUGGAGAAGCUGGACCGCGGCAGGCUGCGCACUCUCUUCAGCAGGAACAAGUAGGCACGAUCCGAUCCGAUGCAGCAGCUAGUACACUGUGAAGCGCUCCUUUUUGCCGUAAACCUGUAUAAAAAUCCCGUCCUGUUUCAUAGCCUCGAUGCAGCAGCUAGUUCGUUCGUUAGCUCCUACUCGUAAGUCCUAACCAGGGUUGCAGUCCCUUCCUACGUCUAAUAAAAAAUUCUUCAGGCAAA